AUGGAAGCAGAGAGCACCCGUGAAGAGUCUCUAAUCCCGAGAAGACGAAAUGACACGAUCAUCUACUCCCGAGGCAGGAAAACGCGCCGCACGGCACGAGAUCGCGAAGACGGGGAAGGGAGGUCCGAGAGGACACGACAACCUGUGAUAAUGGGCGCCACCCCAUUCCACCGAUCCAUCCUCGAAGUCCGGUUGCCGAAGCACUUCGACAAACCAACGGACAUGAGGUACGAUGGAACUCAAGACCCUCUAGAACACCUCACGGCCUUUGAAGCAAGGACGAAUCUAGAGGGAGUAGGGGACGAGGUGAGGUGCCGAGCCUUCCCGUUUACAACACGAAUAGCAAAGGUAAAGCACCUGAUCAACCUUCUGGGGAUAACCCAGAGACAGGGAGAGUCGACCAGAAAAUACCUGGAUCGGUUCAACGACGAAUGCUUGGAAAUCGACGGCCUAACCGAUUCAGUGGCCAGCCUUUGCCUGACUAACGGCCUCCUCAACGAGAACUUUCGAAAACACCUUACCACGAAACCAGUUUGGACGAUGCACGAGAUCCAGACGGUAGCCAAAGAGUAUAUAAACGACGAGGAAGUCAGCCGAGUCGUGGCUGCCAAUAAACGGCAACAAGGUAACGGAGAAAGACUGAAGGAACAAACCAGGGAAGAGGCGCCAAGCAAGGCACCGAGGCCGUUCCCCCGGGUCGGGAAAUUCACCAACUACACCCCGCUCACUCUUCCCAUCAUGGAAGUUUAUCAGCAAAUAGCCGAGAAAGGAAUCCUGCCGAAGCCUCGACCACUCAAGGACCGUACGGGAGGAAACAAGAACUUCUAUUGUGACUACCACAAAGGCUACGGUCACCAAACACAGGACUGCUUUGACCUGAAGGAUGCACUAGAACAAGCGAUAAGAGAAGGUAAGCUAGCAGCAUUCUCCCAUCUUAUCAGGUAG